AAUUGCAGAAGACCUAACAAAGCCCAGACCAGCGAAAGGAACGAUUUCUUAGUUGUUGGUUUCUCUUUAACAGAGAGCCUUUCCUUGCCCUUGGCGUUUACUUGGGAUUUUUGAACCGAACCACCCCCAAAGGCUAAACGGCAGCACACCAAAAGCUCACAGCAGCAAACAGGAUGAAAUUCUUAUUAGGCUGCCUUCUGCUUCUACCCUUACUCAUCAUCUUCAUUUUAGAAUCUUUUGUGAAGCUUUUUAUUCCUAAGAAGAGGAAAUCAGUCGCCGGAGAAAUCGUACUGAUUACUGGAGCUGGACAUGGAAUUGGGAGAGUGACUGCCUAUGAAUUUGCCAAACUUAAAAGCAAACUGGUUCUAUGGGAUAUAAAUAAGCAUGGAAUUGAGGAAACAGCUGCAGAAUGCAGGAGACUGGGGGCCAAGACACAUGCCUUUGUAGUAGACUGCAGUAACCGAGAAGAGAUUCACAAUGCUGCUAAGAAGGUGAAGGCAGAAAUUGGAGAUGUGAGUAUUUUAGUAAAUAAUGCUGGUGCAGUAUACACAGCAGAUUUGAUGUCUACACAAGAGCCUCAGAUUGAAAAGACUUUUGAGGUUAAUGUACUUGCCCAUUUCUGGACUACAAAGGCAUUUCUUCCAGCAAUGAUGAAGAAUAAUCAUGGUCAUAUUGUCAUGGUGGCUUCUAUGGGCGGACAUACUGUGGCCCCCUUCUUACUGACUUAUUG